AUUCGAGAGUACAUCUCUGUAAGAUCACAAACAAAUUCAUUCCGAUAAUAUGAGAAACAAUAUUAACUACUUACUUAAACCAGUUACUAUUUACAAGCAUUGCAACUGUUGGUAAUUCGAAUUAUUUAGGGAUAAUUAUCGAUGAAUGUCUGAAAAGGCAAUUCAUAUUGCUUUUCUAUGAGAAAAUAACUAGAAUAAACAUCAUAUGAAAUUUAUAGAAAUAAUCAUGUACUGAAAUUUCAGGGUUUUAAAACUGGAUGCCACAUUUUGCAUUGGUACAAUCCAUUUUGAAGUACGGGUUCAAUCUGGAGUGGGAAGGAGGAACGGACCUGAACAACCAUCAACCAUUGCUGAUAUCGAGAUCACAGCAGAGAUGACAGCAAUGGGGACAAUUGGGCACUUGGUUACCAGGAGCUCAGUCUAAAAACAUAAUGGGUGUUUUGCCAGUGCACAGAGCUCGUACCGUGAGAGACCAAUCGUUCACCAAUACCAAGCAGUCUCCAAGCUGCUUGUGGGCCGAUCAAGCCCAUCAGUACAGCCAAUACUCCACCUUGCAUGGACUGCGAUAUAUAGGAGACACCAAAUUGCAUUUUGUUGAAAGAGCUUUUUGGGUGGUAUCGUUUCUGCUGGCAGUGAUAGCAGCCAUUUACUUCAUAACCAACACAUUCAGAAAGUACACAGAGACACCGGUGAUAAUGACCAUGUCGCCCACAGCCACCCUUCUGUCUUCGAUUCCGUUCCCUGCCAUCACAAUAUGCAAUAUGAACAACGUGCGCCGCUCAGAGGCUGAGAAAAUUCUAAAGGCGCCAAACGAUACAACAUCAAUCUUGGAAAGACAACUUUUGAGAAGCAGAUGUAACCACGAUUUGGAUGAAGUUGAGGACAAUAGAACAAGCGAUUGGAAUUAUAUAAAGGAAUUCAUGUUCAAGGUAUCCCAGCCAUGUGAAGACAUGCUAGUAGCUUGUCUUUGGCAUAGAGAAUUCUACAACUGCAGUGAAAUAUUUCAUCCAAUAUUAACCGAUGAAGGAGUCUGCUGUACUUUCAACAAGCUGAAUCGCACCAUUGUAUUUCAAAAUCCGUUGGCUCUGUCAGACUUGAACGACUCUUUCAAGUUUCCAUCGGCGGACUGGAGUCCACAGAACGGUUAUCCUGCCAACACGCCGCACGACUACCUGCCGUGGAGGCCAUGGGGCACCGGCAGCCAUCUUGGCUUGACUCUGGUUCUUGACGCCGAACAAAAUGAAUACUACUGUUCGUCAGAAGCCAGCUUCGGUUUCAAGAUACUGUUGCAUAAUCCCGUCGAGUCCCCAAAAAUGUCCUCAUUUGGAUCAGCAAUAUCUCCAGGCAAAGAAACCCGAUUUGUUAUUAAUCCGCACAUAAUGACUUCUACCAGUCAGCUGACAACAAUACCGAUUGAAAAACGAAAUUGCUUCUUCAACAACGAACGGCCACUACGCUUUUUCAGAGUAUACACGGAGAACAACUGUGUCAGAGAAUGUGAAGCAAAUUUCACAUUGUCUUUCUGCAAUUGUGUCAUGUAUUACAUGCCAAAGGACAGAUUUACUCAUAUAUGUGGGAAGAAGGAUUCGAAAUGUGCUCUUCAUGCCCAAAGAACAAUGGAAAUUCUCAAGUCACAAAAGGUCCUCAAUACAACCAUACCUCAUAAUGCAACUCUGACGGGAUGUGAUUGCUUGCCUGGGUGUUUUGAACUGGAUUACAGCAAAGUUCAGUCAACAAGUAUGUUGACAGAAAAGUUGAACAUCAGAUCUGAAUAUUUAGCUGGACGUAAUCCACUGUAUUUCAAAAAGAAUAUGGCAGUACUACAUGCUUUCUUUAUGGAGGCUCAAUUCAGUGGCGUACAAAGGGAUGUGCUCUUCGGAUUCACCGAGUUUUUAUUAAGACUACAAUGA